AUGGAUAGGAAUUGUAAUUAUAUGAAUAAAAUAAUAAAUUCCAAAAACAGAAGACAUUAUAGUAUGCAUCCAGAAAACGCCAUAUUUUUUGAUUACUUUAUUAAUUUAAAGAAAAAAGCCAUUGCCCAAGGUUAUAAUAACUUGGUUAUUUCUUUCAAAAAAAUUAUUAGUUCUAUAACAAAAUAUCCCUUACCAAUUAAAAAUAGUCUUGAUGCAUAUAAAUUAAAAGGUGUAGGAAAACGCUUUUCUAAUUAUUUUGAAAAAGCGUUAUCACAGAAUAAUGUAGAUAAGAAAAUACAAAACUUAAAAGAGGAUUUUAUAUCUAGUAAAUCCGAAUUUCGAAUUAAUAUUCAUAUAAAUAAAGUUAUUAAUAGUGCCGAUAAAUUUUUAAAAGAUUUUGAUAAAGAAAUAUAUAACAUUAGAGUUUUAGGAGAGUUAUCAGAUGAUAAUAUAUUAAAUAAUAUUAGAGAAAUUGAAAAUGAUAAUUUGUGUAAUGUUAAUUCAAAAAAUUUAAAUCAAUGUUCUCUUGUUUCAAGUAAUAAACUUAAUGAAUCUUAUUCAAACGGAAAGUCUUUAUCUUUAUGUACGAAUAAUAUUGAAAAAGUAACAUCUUUAAACAAUAAUAAAAAAAAGAAAUGUAUAGAUAUGAAUGAUACAGAAAAGAGUAUCAUAACAUAUCUUUAUAAAUAUGGCCAUUUAUAUAAUGAACACGCUUUAAGUAAGGAAGAAAUUAUUUCUGGUGUUUUAAAAUAUUAUGAAAGAUCAAUAAUUGUAAAUUAUAAAACAUUAAGAAGAUUAAUUAAUAGGGAAUUUAUCGAAAAAACUGAAAGUGUAGAAAAUCGAAUAUGUAAUAAUAUCAAGUCGUCUAAAAUCAAAACCAAAUUAAAAGUCAUCAAUAAAAUUAGAUUAACAAAAAAGGGAAAAGAUUUUUUGGAUAAUGAAAAGGAUUAUAUAUUAGAUAGUUCUUUAAUAAAUACAGAGAGCAUAUGUCAGCUAAAUAACACAAAGGAAGAGGAAUCUAUCUUACAUACGGAGAAUGUUAAAAACCCUAUCUCACCAUAUAGUUUCAAUACAGAUAAUGAACUGAAGCAGGAAGAAAAUAAUACGUCCUCCAAAAAAAAAAUCGAUUCACCAUCAUAUAUGAAAAAGAACUUAAGUUAUAGUGAUACAGAAGGAAAAUGUUUCGAAUUAAGUAAAAAGAAGGAGAACCAAGAAGGUUUCUUAAAUGUAACCUACUUGAGUAUAUCAAAAAAUAAUGAAAUAAUAAGCCAUGAAUGUUUAUUCAAAAAUGAAAAUGAGAAAAAUGAUGAAAUGAAUAACAAACAAAAUAUACAAGAAAACAUUUCAGUAAAUAAUAUUCAAACGUCAGAUUCCGUAUUAGUUCAAAAGGAGGAAAAGGAAGAAUCUUCUGAAUGUAACCAACUUUUUAAAAACACAAAGACACUUAGUUCUUCAUCUUAUACUAAUUAUAGUAUCUCUUUUGGAUUUAAUGAUGACAUAAAAAAAAAAACAGAUUCUUCUUGCAAUAAUAAAAAAGGCAGAAUUUAUAAGAAAUAUAAACCACGCAUUUUCACUAAGACUAAAGAAAGUGUUGGGGAAGAUAAAAAUAAAAUAUUAAAAAAAAAAAAAAAAAGUGUAAAUAAUGAAGAAUCGAUUGAUUCUAAAAGUGUAAGUAUUUUGAGUGAUAAUUAUGAAGAAAGAAAAAAAAAAAAAACUGAUGGAAAUGUAAAUGGUCUGCAUUUAUCCAAUUCAUAUGAUUUAAUAGAAAAAAAAAUUAAAAACAUAAAGAAAAGAAUGAAUAAAAAUUUGAAAGAAAGAUUAGAAAAAAAAAAAAAAAAAAAUGGAAAUGAUUCAGGAGUUAGUUCCUCAGAAAUGUUUGAAGGCAGCUCAUCAAAGGAAGAGAACGUUUUUUCAUGUGAUAGAAAUAAAUUAAGUUUAGAAGAAGAAGACAAGUCUUUGAAAUUAACAAAUUAUAUAUGGGACGAAGAUGAAGUGGAAGAGAAAAAGGGGGAGAAAACAGAAACUAAAUUUUUAAUAAAAGAAUAUGAAAAAUAUUAUAAUGAGAUUGAUGAAAGUAAACAGAUGAAGAAUUUUGUUACAGAUGAAUCGAUUUAUAAAAGUACCGUUUUGCAAAAUAAUUCGAAGAAUAUAAUAAAAGAAGUAGAGGAUUCCAACAUGUUAUUAAGUAAUGUACAAAAGGAUACAAAUCAUUUAAGAGAAGAAGAAUUUUUAUCUUUGAGAAAUGAGAAUAUAAAUUUUAUUAGUAAUAAUGACGAUAAGGAAAAAGGUAAAAAGUGUAAACGGAAGAGGAGCAUAUUAAAUAAUAUUGGAAAUAAGAAAGAUGCUGAAGGAAAUAAAGGGAAAAAAAAAAAAAGGAGCAAACCUGAGACGGAAAAUAAAGUGGAAUUAGAUACUUCGAAUAUAAAUAAUUUAAAUAAAGAAGAUAAAGAUUUAAAUGAAAUGAAUGAGAGUAAUCAAAGAUGCAAAAUAAAAUAUGGUACCUAUGAAAUAAUUAUGAUAAUUGACAAUCGAGAAGUGACCGGAUCUAGUUAUGAGUUUAAUGAAAAAAUGAAAAAAGUAUUUAAUGAUAAAAAUAUUAAAUAUGAAACAAGAAAUUUGCCUUUGGGUGAUAUUAUAUGGAUAUGUAGAAGAAGUGUAUAUAAUAAAAACAGUUCAAGUAACAAAAAGAAACAAAUGAAGAAAAUGAAGAGGAAUAAGAAAAUGAUGGAUGAUGAAAAAAAAAAAAAAUCUGAAGAAAUAAAUAUGGACAUUAAAGAAGGUAUUUUGGAGAGGAAUAACCAUUCGGUAAGCCAAGAAAAUGAUUAUCAUCAAAUUAGUGAUGAUGAUAAUGAUGAUAAUAAUGAUGACAAUAAUGAUGAUAAUGAUGAUGAUAAUGAUGAUAAUAAUGAUGAUAAUAAUGAUGAUAAUAAUGAUGAUAAUAAUGAUGAUAAUAAUGAUGAUAAUAAUAAUAAUAAUAAGAAGAAGAAGAAGAGAGAAAAAAUAUUAUGUCCUGAUAAAACGAUUGAGCCUUUUAUUGACGAUGUAGAAUAUGAAGAAUUUGUUUUAAAAUGGAUAAUAGAACGAAAGACUUUAAACGAUUUAAGUGCAAGUAUUAUAGAUGGUAGAUAUGAUGAACAGAAAUAUAGAAUGAUGAGAUUAAGAGAUAUACAUCACAUCAUAUAUUUAAUUGAGAAUUGUAAUAAUACAUAUAGGAAUUAUAUGAAUUCAUCAAAAAUAUCAUAUGAAACAUUGAAUAACGCUCAGCAUAGUACUCAAUUAGUUAGUGGCUUUUCUAUAUUGAGUAGUCAACAUAUGAAUCACACAUUAUUUUUAUUAUGUGAAAUUCAUGAAGAAAUAAUAAAACAUAUAAAAUUAUAUUGUCAUAUUAAAAAAGAGCACCAUGUGAUAAGGCAUAAUGAGGACUUGUCUAUGUAUUUACAGAAACAUUCAUGUUCUUGGGAUGAAUGGAAUAAUGAAUCUAAAAAAUCCAAGAAUAAUAUUGUAAAAGAAGUUUUUGGAAAACAACUAAGAUUAAUAAAUAUGUGUGGACCUGAUGCUACCGAACUAAUAUUGUCAUUAUGGCCUACUCCGACAAAAUUAAGUGCAGCAUUAAAUAAAUAUACACAUGAUGGAAUAUUAGCUGAAAAAAUGAAGAGAAUAUAUUUGAAAAAUCAUGAUAUGAUAGGAAAGAAAAGAAUUAAGUCUCCCAUAGAUGUUCAGCUUAUUGCACAGUUGAGACAACUGUAUGCACCUGAUUCAAUAGAAAGAUGGUAA